AUGGACGAGGUGGUGCCGCACCUGUGGAUCGGCGAGCUCCCCUCGUGCUUAGAGGCAGACUACCUCGAGCAAGCCAACAUCCAAUGGGUGGUGUCGUGCCUGCGCAAUCCGCCCGUGCCGCCAAAGGACAUUUCGCUCGCGGAGGGCGACAGCACGCGCGAAAUUCCGGACGACCACCGCAUGGUCGUGCCGAUUAACGACGACGACGACGCGCCCGCGUAUAUCUACUUUGCGCUGGCGAACAAGUUUAUAGCGAAUGCGCUCCAGGAGGAGUGGGAGGCCGACCCGGAGCCGUACGAGGAGGUGGACGACCAUGCGAUCGACGGACUGACGCUGCGCGACGGCCGCCCGGGCCUCUGGAGCUCGCGCACGGAAGGCUCGUUGCUCGUGCACUGCCAGGCGGGGUGCUCGCGCAGCGUCACGAUCGUCGCCGCCUACCUCAUGUGGAGUCGGCGCCUGAGCGUCGCCCAGGCCCUGGCGCUCAUUCGGCGGCAGCGCCCGAUCGCCGCGCCGAACGAGGGCUUCAUGAAGCAGCUCGAGCUAUACCAGCGCGAAAACUACAUGGUGAAUCUGCAGAGCCGCGACGUGCGCCGCUUCCUCGUGAGCCAGACGAACGCGCUCGAGGGGGCCGUGAGCCCCGACAUGCUGCUGAGCACCUACCCCUACACGGCACCGACAGACCCCUACUCGGACUACCGCAUCGAUGUGAACGAGGUCAAGCAAGAGCGCUUCACAAAGCUGCGCUGCAAAGUGUGCCGCCACGAGCUGGCCGUCGAGCAGCACGUCGUCGUGCACGAGCCCGGCCAAGGCGAGCAGGCCUUUGAGCCGCACCGGCGCGACGCGGCGCGCAAAGGCGUCGGCCACACGCCCGCGCGCAUGCAGGAGCCUGAGCAUACCCACCUCCCCCCUCAGCUCGCUCGCAUUCGCGCCGGGAUGAUGGCGCAAACCACACAGCGCCCCCUGCUCCUCUCCCCUCAGUGCUCGGCGUACUUUGUGGAGCCGCUCGGGUGGAUGAGCGAGUCCUCCGGGCUCGUCGAAGGCGAGAUGGGCGGGCGCCUGCAGUGCCCCAAUACGCGGUGCAACGCCAAGCUCGGCACCUGGACCUGGGUCGGCUCGCAGUGUGCAUGGUAG